CCCGGGUUUGGCUCCAUGGCUGUGCACCUGCCCGCUUGCCCGCGAGGCUUCAUUAGGCCGCGCCUGUGCCCGGGGAAGGCAGCGCGGAGUCGCUGCAUGGAGGCCACACGGGGUCCCUGCGCAGAAUGAGGGGCCAGGAAGAUGGAGGCCUGACUCUGGUUGUCAGGCUGGAGGAGGAGGAACAGCGGCAGGGCUCAACUACCCACAAUCAAGAUGCCCAGAGAGAGGAGCCACCACUGCCCCACAGCCUCUCUGGAGAGAAACCACAGCAAGAGGUAUCUGGAGAGCUAGCUGAGGCUCACCUCUGUAGAGAGCGUCAGGCCCCUAGCUCCAGGCCUUCCCCCAAGGACAGAGCACCAGCCUCAUCCAAAUUCCAGCCCCAAGGAGAGUCCAAGUCAGGGAAAAGGGUCAAUUCGCCAGCUCCUGGUAAGCAGAAGAGGCCCAGUGCCCUGGAUCUGGCAUCUGUGUCAUCUCCCAGUAUCAGUAACUCAACCCGUAUCAAGCACAACCCAGUGCCUUGUGGGUCAGGCCGGGGCCCCUGUCACCUGGCCAACCUGCUCAGCACACUGGCCCAGAACAGCCAAAACACAGAGCAGAAGAAGGGGCCCCCAGAAGUAACCUGCCAAGUUCGGAAAAAGACUCGAACCUUGUACCGCUCAGACCAGCUAGAGGAGCUCGAGCGGGUUUUCCAAGAAGAUCACUAUCCCGACAGUGACAAGCGUCGGGAGAUUGCCCAGAUGGUGGGGGUCAACCCCCAGCGCAUCAUGGUGUGGUUCCAGAAUCGUCGGGCAAAGUGGCGAAAACUGGAGAAACUGAAUGGGAAAGAAAAGCAGGACAGUGCUUCAGCCCCUGCUAGCAGUCAUGGCGGCUCCACAGCUGAGCCUCCACCAGCUGUUCCUAUGGACCCAGACCCUGGCCCUUUCCCUCUAGAGCCCCCUCUGGACACUUUUCCAGAGCCCUCCAUGCUGCUGACCUCAGACCAGACUUUGGCCCCCACCCAACAGACUGAGGGUGCUAAACGGGUAGCGGUGACCCCACCGCUCUUCAGCCCCCCACCUCUGCAAAGGACCAACCUUCCUUUUCCCCUGGGCCCUGUCCACAACCCAAAACUGAUACCUCUGCUGAUGGAUGCUCCUGCCAGUCACCGAAGCCACAAGGAUGGCCCCUGUGGGCCCUGGGGGACAAGCACGACCCCACCAUCUACCUUAUCUUACUUGGAAGACCUGGAGACCCAGGAAUAUCAGCCAAGCCACCAGUUCUCUCAGGCUCCACCAAACCAGCUGCUCCAAGCCCCCCAGCCCCAGCUGCCAUACCUGCCGCCCUUGCCCUUCCCCAUGCCAGGUUCAUUGUCAUUUCCUCCACCAGAAGAUACCCUCUUUUCAUUUCCUUGUGGCUCGGCCGGGGGCACAUUGCAGAACUAUGGCCCAGGUCCCCCAUCAGGGCAGAUCCUGCUGCAGCCACCUGCUGGGAAUAUGGGCACAGUCCCUUGGAGUGACCCCUAUUUGCCUGAACUACCCUUCCCUGGUCCAUUCUGCACACAGGCUCCAGGGCACCCCCCAGUAGGAGACAGCUAUUUCUGUGAUCUAUUUGCACCUCCCUGCACCCAGGCUACAAGCAGGCAACCUUCACCAGGAUUUUCCCAGCUGCCAGAAGGGGCCAGACCAGCACCUGAGCCCCUACCCAGCAAGGUGCAAGAGGAGCAGACUGCCUCUUCCCAAGAGCAAGCCAGGGUCCCAGCAGAGGUUAGAGAGGAAGAUAAGAAUACCCAAGUCCCCUCACUGGAGGCCAAAGAAUGAUGAGAAGGGAAGUUGGCGGGGGGGGGGGGGGGGACCGGAAUGGGGCAUCCAGGCAGAGGAGUAUUGCAAGGCUGGGAAGACAGUGAACUGUUGACUGAAGUCAACACCUACCUGAUUGUCUGCUGGACAUUGGUUGGAAGAGGAAGAGAUGUGGACCCACCCUUCAGCCCGUGCCUGUGUAGCCUAGUCUGAAGAAGGGAAAGCCUUCAUUACCAUGGAAUGGUGUUAGCAGUUUUCAUUGUUUCUUUUUCUUGGUAGACUUGAGCAAGUGUGUCCACUGUAUGCAAUAAACCAGUGUAGC